AUGGAUACUUUCGAUUUCAGUAGUGAUCAGAAAAUGGAAAACAAAGUGAUUCUCAUAUUCCACAGUUUCAAAAGCGUUACUAAGCUUUUUCGCAUCGUUGAGUUUUGCGUUGGAGCUUUUCUGCUUUUAUGGAGUUCAACUCGUUUGCCUUUUGCCGUCAAAAUGUCCGGCGAGUAUUUCCGGCAACUUGUUACCGUGAUACUUAGCCCUCUCUUCAUUUUCCUUAUUAGUAACGUCAUCGUCCUCACUCUCUUCUUCAAAUCUGACACACUUUCCGCUGAAUCCUCAACCGAACUCUACGACUCAUUCGUCGGAAAGGAAGAAGAUAACUCCGCUAAUUUAACUUCUCCGGCACCGGUAGAAGAGACCGUCUACCAAGACAAACAAACUAUACUUGAAGUGAAUGAUGGUAGGAAAACAGAGACGGCAACUGAGAAGGCACAAAUUCCAAGGAGAACAAAAUCGGACAAGUUUGACAGAGGAAGUAAUAAUAACAAGGAAAUACACGGAAAGCUACGUAGAUCGGAGACGGAGAAGUGGCGGAAAAACGAUAAUUCCGGUGAUGCAUCGAAAAAGGUUAAUUAUCCAGUUGAUGAAUUAAGCAAUGAAGAGUUUCAGAAAGCCAUUGAGGAUUUCAUUGCUAGGCAAAUUAAAUUUCAUCAGGAAGAGAAGUUGGCUAUUGUUCUUCAUAGCUAA